AGUGACCCGACCCAACAUAUUGUCAAAGUUUCUCAAAAUCGUUGAAGGUUCAGGAUUUACGUAUUGACUCUUUAUUUCCAAACAUUCUUUGGUUUCCCCUCAAUAACAUUUAAGAGUAAAAAACACUGCACCAGUGUACUGUUCUGUGUUUAGUAGAUUUUAGGGGUGGAGACAAAAUUUAUUUUUUACACACCUGUGUGUAAAACUGUUGUAGGACUGGUGUGAGUUAUCUAAUCAUGUGACUUUCUGCUCCUGUUAUUGCAUAAACACCUGUUCACUCUCCAGAGUCUUAAAAGAUGUAACUCUACAAGCACACAAAGGCCUGACACUGUAGAUAGAGUUGUGUUAGUCGUGCAAUACAACACAGUCAAAGGGCAGGCAAACAAAUCCAGUAAGCAAUGAGACAGUCCAGCCAGGCAAACAGAGCAAAAAUGUAAUCCAGAAACAGUAAUCCGAUGAUACAGGAACAAUGGUCAAUGGACACUUAGAUCACAUUAACACUGACAAUACUUCGCAACAUGAACAUGGUGGAUUAAUGGUUUAAAUAUAUAAGAUAGGGGGACCAUACGUGGCAUUUUUCCGGGACAUAUCCUGGCCAGGAUUUUGAAAGUCAUAUUUGUCGACCGCAUAGACCCCUUCAAUGUCUGUAAACAUCGAACCCCUAGGUUAGGUGCGCGUACAGCAUGGGGUCAGAAAAAUGGAGCGGCAAAUAAAAACUGAUCAUACAAUACAGGCUUUCUAAUUUAAUCUAACAAGGCUGAUAAAUGAUGACUUACCUGAAAUGAAGUGAGCACUACAAACACAAGCCUCUUUGAUCUUUGAAUUGUCCCAGUCUGCAUGUUUAAUUGCUUGCAACCACAUGUCGCCUAUUUUUUUAUGGAUGAGAUCCUGCAGGAUACUAAAAAACUUAACUGCAGAGCUGGUGCAAUUUUCGCAACACGUAGAUGACAAUACUCUUUGGAUUCAACCGAACAAUACGCAACUCAACUUGAUAAAAUGACUUUUCUGACCCCGACAUUCGCAGUGCGAACUCUCCUGUAACGUGAACUGUGAAGGGGCUCAUACCUCAUCAAUGUUUAUUAUUUCAGGUUCAAUUUCAGAAAAGCAACCAUUAUAUUUCAAGGUAAGAAUGAAACUACAAUGAUUGUAUAUGUUUUUAACUGAAGUGUAAGAACCUUAUAGAUGUAUGCAAUCGACAAAUAUGACUUUCGGAUAGACGGACACGAAAUCCUGUCGAGGACGCAAGGCUGGAUUGGUUCAGGAUUAAGACGAGACUUCAAGUCAUCAAGUCUUUUUCUAGACUAUAACAAUUAUAAACUUGAUUGACUUUUGUUAAUUGUAAAUUGUUGUAAUAUGUUUACGACUUACAAAUGUAAUGCUCAGUUAACUUAAAUAAACCAGGUUUGAUGACGUCUGCAACCUGCAAAUGCAACCUCCUGAGGCUGCAGCCUUCGGAUUAAGGCCCUGUCCCAAAUGGCACACUCUGAACUUGUGUACUUCCACAGAGUCCAAAUUUGAUGACAUCAUGGAGUGCAGACCCUAGGGACCCUUGACGUGAGUCCACGAGGGUGCACCAGAGUCGCAUUGCCCAUCAGUGUGAACUCUUCUCAUGUGUCGUCUGAUUCGUCUGAUUGCUCUUUCGCAAGGACUUCUGGGUUGGUAAAGUGUGUGAAGCCUGCAGCAGCAUGUGCUUCGCUGAAGACCACAUCAAGGAUGCAAAGGGGGUGCUGAAAAGCAUACUUCGGAGCGUAAAAAUGACAGAUCGGACACCCUACGGACUAGUCGACUAAGCGAGCACAUGCAAUUUAAGGCCACAAGACCGAAAGUCCACAUAAAAAAGAUCAUAGUGUAAAAAGUCCAGUUUGGGGAGAGGGUGCCACCUGGUGGUGGGAUGAAUGAGAACACUCCCAUUUAUUGGUGGCCGUUUAUUAAUCCAAAGGCUGCAGCAUCAGGUCGUCUCAUUUGCUGGCUGCAUACCUCACCACAUCCAUUAUAAAAUUGAUUAUUAUUCUUAGUUCAUCGUAAAUUGUUGUUUUGAGGUUUAGUGAGGUGAGAGAGUCAAUCAUUUAUUUAUUAAAGUCAUCAGCAUGUUUUCAUCGCUGCAGAUUUCAGUACUUAAAAAACAUUUCUGAACUGCAAUUUCUUAAACCUCUGACUUUGAUGUGUAUAGUUCAUCAUGUUUAUACAUUACAUUUAUAUAUUUUAUAUUAUUUUAUAGUUGAUGUGUAAAAAGUUGCUCAUAGAAACAUGAAUGCUAGGAAAGAGUUAACACAACAAGAUGAGUUUUCACUUCCUCUAUAUCAUUGUCUCCACCCUCUUCUUCUGAAGCUUUAGUAAGUACAGUACAGCGGUCGUGUUGUGUUUAUGUUUUCUGAAUCUGCAGCAAUGGGGACCGCUGCAAUGAUUUUCGACCUAAACUCUGUGAGCCUGGCUUUGGUUCUGGGUUUAAUCUUUCUGGUUCUGUUUGAGAUGAUGAGGAUUCAUUUCACCAGAGCCCAAAAUCCACCUGGACGCAGACCUUUCCCUUUUGUGGGAACUAUACCUCAUGUUAUAAAGGACCCAAUGGUUUUUUCCAAUCAGCACAGUCGAUAUGGAGAGAUGACAACCAUAUACCUGGGAAGCAAACCCAUAAUAAUUUUAAAUACACUUCAGAUCUCCAAAGAAGCACUGGUCCAAGAGGCUUCAACUUUUUCUGGAAGACCAUAUAUAGCUUUUUUGGAAUGGUUUUCUAAAGGACUCGGUAUCUCAAUGACGAAUGGUCACUCAUGGAGACAGCAGAGAAGGUUUGCUCUUCACACGCUCAGAAACUUUGGUCUGGGAAAGAAAUCUCUUGAAGAGCGUGUGUUAGAUGAAGCCCAUUAUCUGGUUACUGAGAUGCUCAAAGCAGAAGGAACGGCAUUUGAUCCGCAGCAUGCCUUACAUAAUGCAGUUUCCAAUAUAAUCUGUUCCAUCAUAUUUGGAGAUCGCUUUGAAUAUGAUAACAAACGCUUUGCAUACCUUCUGAACAUCCUCAAUGAGAACCUUAUGCUGACAGGGUCUGCUUUAGGACAGAUUGUCAUGUUACUUCCCUUCCUCCUGCACUUCCCUGGACCUCACCAGAAGAUCUUUCAGAACAACACUAAGUUACGGGAUUUCAUCCGUGAGGAAGUUAAAGAACACAGACAAACUUUGGAUCCGGAAAACCCACGAGACUUCAUUGAUGCCUACCUGUUAGAGAUAGAAAAACAAAAGUCACAUGAGAACUCAACAUUUCAUGAGGAGAACAUGGUUGUGUCAGCAGCCGAUCUCUUCUUUGCUGGAACCGACACGACGGCGACCACCAUCAGAUGGGGACUCAUCUUCUUGAUGGACAACCCAGAUGUACAAGAGCGAUGUCAUAAGGAGAUUGUUCAGGUGUUGGGUUAUGAUCGUCUGCCCAGCAUGGUUGACCGUGACAAACUUCCAUACACAUACGCCACUGUUCAUGAGAUUCAACGCUGUGCUAACAUUGUUCCUCUCGGAGUAGCUCAUGCAACCACACAGCCAACCAAACUAAGAGGAUUUGACAUUCCCAAGGGAACUAUGAUCAUGACAAACUUAACAGCAAUUUUCAGUGAUAAGGAGCACUGGAAAUUUCCGAACACUUUCAAUCCAGAGAAUUUCUUAGAUGAGAACGGACAUUUCUACAAACCUGAGGCAUUCAUUGUAUUCUCAAUGGGUCCGAGGGUUUGUCUCGGUGAGACCCUGGCAAGGACGGAGCUUUUCCUUUACUUUGUGUGUCUCCUACAGCGGAUUCAUUUCUCCUGGCCACCAAACUCACAGCAUCCAGACAUGGAUGGUAUUAUUACUGCAUUGAGACACCCUCACCCCUUCAAAAUCAUCUGUUGUAGCAGAGAUGCCAAUGACUGAUCGUCAGUGACUCGACCCAACACACCAAUAAAUAGCUGAGGAACGCUGAAAUCUGCAUCCACAUUCAGAAUUAAAGCUGCUGCUCAUAAUCUACAAAUAAUCUACAAAAAACAAGGGAAUUUGGGAGCAAUCUCAAAACCGUGGAAGGUCGAGGAUUUAUGUAUUGACUAUUUUUUCCUAAACAUUCUUUGAUUUUCCCUCAAUAACAUUUAAGAGUAAAAUCACUACACCAGUUUAUAGGUCAUCAUGUUUAUACAUUACGUAUAUAUAUUAUAUAUUUUAUAGUUGAUGUAUAAAAAGUUGCUCAUAAAUUCAUCCUUCUUGUAAUACCAGAUGUUAAAUAAUCAACUUUGGGUUUGUUUAUGAAGAAGAUACUGUAAAUCAAUUAAACCUUAGGUGUUGCUGUUUGAACCUUUUGAUUUCAUGAUCUAGUCAAACUCUUCGUAGUCUUAAGAUUUGAUCUAAUGAUCUUGUCAUCUCAAAGGGUUUCAACAUUCUCAUAGCAUUAAGACGCUCAUCAGUGAGUAACUGUUAAAAUAUAUGUUCUUUUAUAUUUAAAGGCGGAGUGCACAAUGUUUGAAAGCCAAUGUUGAUAUUUGAAAUCACCUAAACAAACACGCCCCUACCCUAAUAGAAUCUGGACCUUCUUUUGAUAGACCCGCCCCACACAUACGCAACCCAGACAAGGAUGACGGUUAGUAGACACGCCCCUUACUGCUGAUUGGCUACAAGUGUGUUUUGGUAAUCGGCCCGACUCCCUUUUCCAAAGCGUUUUUCAAACAUUGUGCACUCCGCCUUUAAUAUGUGAGUCUAAGAUGACAAGUUUAUAUUCAUGUGUGGUAAUAUUUUAAAGGUCAUGGUGCGAUGCGUAAUAAGGUCUAAUUUAUGUUAUUCUAAGAUAAAGUGUAUCAAAGUUAAGAACUUCAAGCAUAAUCUGCACUUCUUUUGUCCCAAUGAGAUAUGGCUAACAAUCCCAUUUGGUGCCCAAGGUCACAAGAUCCUGACCAACCAAAUCCUAAUGUGAGACCUUGAUUUCCUAUGUGUAAAGCUGUGUAUAAAAGGUGACCUGGCAAAAUAUUCAGGGAAGCAUUCUUUUGCAAGAAUCUUCCCCACACUUUGUGUGUUUGUAUUAAAACAUCAUGGAGCAAUUCUUUAGCAUGAAGCUCCCUCUGUCAAGGUGCAGGAAGAAAACAAUCACAUUUUCAAUAGCGAGUAAAUGAUGAGUUUAUUUAAACACAACAGUAGUCGAUAGAGAGCUGGUCACGAUGAAAGCAGACAGAGAAGAUCACAAACUCGGCAGCGCAGGGACACAAUGGGCAGACCAAGAAGCAGGAAGAUUAAUGGGAGAAUAAAACACAGGCUUAAUUUUAGACACAUGAAACACGUGAUGAAUUCUCCUGUACACUGCAGAAAGUCUGAGAUGGACUGCCACCGGACUAAUGAUCUUGGUGACAGUAAACGGGCCAAUGAAUUUGAGAGCAAGUUCAUUAGAGACGGAGCGGAGAGGAAUGAACCUGGUAGAAAGCCACACUCUUUGACCAGCAAUGUAUACGGGAGGCUAAGACUGGUGGCAAUCUGCUUUAGCUGAUCUUGGAGUAGAGUCUCACAGGCUCACGAGUGCUUGAAAAACCACUGGGGAGUUGGAAAGGCCGAAUGGCAUGACCAAAUAUUCAAAGUGCCCCGGGGGGUGUUGAAAGCGGUUUUCCCCUCAAAAUUCCUGCUACGGACCAAAUGGUAUCAUAAAUCCAAUGGUUGCAUAAAUCCAGUUUAGUGAAGAUUGAUGCUCCCUGCAACCUCUCGAAGGCUGCAGACAUCAACGGUAAAGGAUAAGUAUUCUUUACCAUGAUGCUGUUCAACUCCCGGUAAUCAAUACAAUGUCACAGAGAGAAAUCCUUCUGCCCCACAAAAAAGAACCCCACCCCCGCUGUAGAAGAGGAAGGGCGGAUGAACUCAGUUGCUGGAAAAUCAGAAAUAUAUUUCUCCAUAGCCUCCCUUUCUGGAGCAGAAAUUGAAUAUAACUUGCCUUUAGGUGGAGAUGUACCUGGCAGUAAGUCUAUUGCACAGUCAUAGGGACGAUGUGGAGGAAGAGAAGUAGCUCAGGGCUUAUUGAACACUUCCUUCAGGUUAAGAUACUCCUGCAACACAGAACGAGAAACAGAUGGGACAGGAGACGAAAGACAUGAGACAUUAGGCACUCCAACUACAAACAGAGUUCUUCCCCCACUCUAUCCUGGGGUGGUGUUAAACCUACCAUGGAUGGCAAAGGACAAUGGGGUUCUGAGAGGAGUGAGUAAGGAAGAGUACGGUUCAUUCGAUGUGAUUACAAGAAGUAGUGAGCGUAAUGAGUCCAAUAGCAUGGGUGAUACCCAGGUGUUCUUGUCCAAUGAGUGUGUUAAUGGCAAUGGUCUGUCUUAAGGCAGUGAUGAGGAUGUGAAGUUUCUUGGCCAGUGAAUAGUCCAUCAGGUUCCCCUCUGCUCCUGAGUCCGCCAGUGCUUGGCAGUUGAAAGACCGAUCUGCCCACUGCAGUCUUAACAGGAGGAGGGUGGCACUCGCGGGUCUGGUCAUCGCAAGUCUGCCCGACUGUAGCCUUUGUUCUACCGCUGGGCUUGGCCUUUUAAAGGACAGGUGGCAAUCAAGUGUCCUGCUUCUCCACAGUAAAGACACAGACCCCUCGCUCUGCAAUGUUCUCUCUCCUCCUGGGAAAGCCGAGCUCGAGCUACCUGCAUGGGUUCAGGAUCGUUCAGGUGGCUGACCGUGUUAGCACUCCUGAAACUGGGAAGCUCAUUGAAAUCGGGUGUUAAGGUCCGAUGUGACCGGUUCUCCCUCUGUUGCAGAUGUACAUUGACUAGUAAGGCUAAUUUGAUCCAUCGAGAGUCUUGGGUAGUUCCAAAGUGUAAAUUUCCUUCUGAACAUGGUCAGCCAACACUUGCAGGAACAUGUCUACUGCGCUUCUUUGUUCCAUUUGCACUAGGCCGCCAACGUCUGGAAUUCAAUAGAGUAGUCAGAGACGUUCUGGUUGUUCUGUCGAAGGUCGGCGAGUUGACGCACCGCCUCACGGACAGCGAUGGCGCAUUCAAACACUUGUCUCAUCUCCUGUUCAAGUGCUUAGAACGAAGAGCAGCAAGGAUGUUGAUUCUGCCACACCACUGUUCCCCACAGAGCUGCGUGUCCAGAGAGCAGUGUUGUAACUAAUGCCACUUUAAACUGUUCUGAGGAAAAUGUCACAGGAUGAAGAGAAAAAAAUAACUGAGACCCAAGGCAUGGGAAUAAAAACUGGAUAGCGGAAGAAGCGCGUUGAGCUGAGUCCGAGAGAACCUCCACAACCAUCUGACAAAGACAAGACGAGGUAACAAACAAUAUACAAGACACCCUCAAUCAAAACAGCUGGCGGUGAUGAGCUUAUCAGCAGAGAUAAUGAGCUGUGCAUGUGAACAACGCCUAUACAUACAACGUGCACACACAUAGCGAGAGCGAGUCAAUGAAUCCGUGAACCGUGACACCCUCACAGUCUGUGUGUGUAUUCAAACAUUAUGGAAGCAUCUGUAUUCAGAACUUCACACACUUUGGUGUGUCUUUGAUUGCCAGGUAUGAUUUGACUUUGUGACUUUUUAUUUUCUAUGUUGGUCUUUUUAGUUAAACGUUUUUUUUAAAUGUUAUAUUUUGAUGUAAAUGUUGAUAUUUCUGAUUGAUAAAUUUGAAUAACCAAAUGAUUGAUUUUGUUUGUGUAGUGUAACCUGCCUGGCAAAAUAAAUUGUUAUUAUUGAUUCAU